CGGGAGGCCCCCAGCCCCCUCCCCCGGGCCGGGACCAUGAGGCUGUCCUGCUGCCAGACGGUGCUGGCGGCCGCCAUCCUCCUGAACCUGCUGGUCCUGCUGUACGUGUCGUGGCUGCAGCAGCAGCAGCGCGGCCGACGGCCCCCGGGUCCCCCCCGCCGCGGCGGCCCCCCGCGCCCUUCGGCUGUGGGCCCCGCCGUGACCGUGCUCAUCCGCGAGUUCGAGGACUUUGACAACGCCGUGGCCGAGACGGCGGCCUCCUUCCUGCGCCACGACCCGGCCCAGCCCGUGCUGGUGGUGGCCGACGCCCCGCCCUACCCGCCACUGGCCCUGCCGGCCGGGCCCGGCGUGCGCCUCCUGCUGCUGGACCCCACCCUGGACGGCCCGGCCGUGCGUCCCGAGACCCACGUGGCCACCCCCUUCGUGGCGCUGGUGCCCGACGGCGUCCGGGCCGACGCCCCGCGCCAGCUGGCCCGCAUGGCGGCGGCGCUGGAGGGCGAGGGCGAGGACGGGGCCCGGCUGGUGGCCGCCCCGGUGGGCCCGCCCCCGCGCUGCCUGGCCCUGAACAUCAGCGUGCGCGAGUGGACGGCCCGCUACGGCCCGGCGCCGGCCCCGCCGCUGUGCGCCGCCCUGGACGGGGGUCCCGCCGUCGUGCUGCUCCGCGCCCGAGACCUCUUCGCCCUGGCGGCCCCGCUCGCCCGGCCCCUGGGCUCCAGCCUCUUCCUGCAGACGGCGGCCCGCGGCUGGGCCGUGCGGCUGCUGGACCUGCCCUUCGCCCCGGCCCGGCGGCCGCCCCUGUCCUCGGCCCACGCCCGCUGGAAGGCCGAGCGGCUGGGCCGGUCGCGGCGGGAGCGGCUGCUGCGGGAGCUGGGCGUCAAGCGGGUGGACUGGGACGACGGACGGCGCGAGUGGUUCGGCUGCUCCAAGGAGACGCCGCGCUGCUUUGGCACCGUGCUGGACGACACGCCCGACUACCUCUACCGGGGCCGCUGGACGCCGCCCUGCUGCCUGCGGGCGCUGCGCGAGACGGCCCGCCACGUGGCCGGCGUGCUGGAGGCCGCCGGGGUGCGCUACUGGCUAGAGGGCGGCAGCCUGUUGGGCGCCGCCCGCCUCGGGGACAUCAUCCCCUGGGACUACGACGUGGACCUGGGCAUCUACCUGGAGGACGUGGCCGGCUGCGAGCUGCUCCGUGGGGCCGAGGCGGGCUCCGUGGUGGACGAGCGCGGCUUCGUCUGGGAGAAGGCCGUCGAGGGCGACUUCUUCCGCGUGCAGUACAGCGAGCACAACCACCUGCACGUCGACCUGUGGCCCUUCUAUCCCCGCGACGGGGUCAUGACCAAGGACACGUGGCUGGGCCACCGGCAGGACGUCGAGUUCCCCGAGCACUUCCUGCGCCCGCUCGUGCCGCUGCGCUUCGCCGGCUUCGUGGCCCGGGCCCCCAACAACUACCGCCACUUCCUGGAGCUCAAGUUCGGUGAGGGGGCCAUCGAGAAGCCCGAGUACCCCAACCCGGCCCGCCGGAGGCUGGAGGGGGAGGCCUGAACCACUCCCGCCCCGCCGGCGGGAUGCGACCGAACCGUCAGCCGGGCCGGAGGCCCCGGGUCCGUCCCAAUAAAGGACUGUCGCCUUGCUGCUGCC